AUGGUGUUGUCCAACAUGGCGAACAGAAACGCGUCGCUUCCUGGUUGCUGGUGGAAGACAGCAGAAAAAUCCCAGAGGACUCACAAGAGGCACAUUCCAUCUGAUGCCGUUAUCGCAAUUGCUGGAGGUGCAGGUGGAGCAAGUUACGUUGCUUUCUUGCAUCCUCUUGAAGCCAUCACCAAGCAGAGGAAUCUCUUGACUGCAACUUCCAGCAAUGGACUUGUGGCUGUGCGGGAUGUUGGCAGCAGUUUGCAGGGUGUGAGUCUUCGCACUCUGUACAGGGGAGUCAAGAUGCCGAUGUUAGAGAGCAUGUACAGCACUGCAAGUCUUCUCGUGAUUUAUUCACAUGUGAGAGAUGCCAUUCAAAUGCACAACGGCGGGAUCGAGUUGAGGACGGGAGAAGUUAUCCAGGCGGGGGCGAUUGCUGGGGGAAUCAAUGCAGCGCUACCAAACCCCUUCAGCAUGAACUUUGGAGUCAGGUCUAAUGCUCCAGUAUCAUUUACUUCCAUCCUCCAUCAUGCGUUGCGGACGUGCUGUCACAAGAUCGCAUGGAGAACAGCAACGUCCUCGUUCGGAAAUGGAACUUUCUUUGGUGUAGCAGGAGUUUCGCGCAAAUAUUUACAAAACACAGAGACUUUCAAUGGGAAGAGUGCAGUGUUGGCAUCUGGUGCUCUUGGAGGUUUGGCAUAUUCUUUCGUUACUUUCGCUUCAGAAACACUUCAAGCUCAUGUUGAACUAUCCAAGUCAAACUCGUUAACUCAAAUUGAUUCUGAUCGAAGACUUCGUCCUCGUUCUGCUGUGGCUCAAGUCUUUGCACGACACAUGCAUUCGAUGAUGCCAUCGUUGUUGAAGGGGAGUGCGGGCUGUGCUGUUUUAGCUCUUUCGAUCGAUAGUGUGCGAACCGCGUUGUCGUUCUAG